CAUGUGUGUGCAGUUUCCCUCCCGCAGCAGCAGCUCGGUGGUGCUGGAGCUCACUGUAAGCUAGGUGGCCGCACCAACACAUUUAUCUCGCCCGCGCCAGACGCACAUGGGAUCCCGUCCUGCGUGAACCCGGGGAUCUUCAGCAGCCGCAGCCGAGCGCAGGGCACCGCGAGCCCGGGCGGGAGCAGCACGCAGCGCGCACACACGGCCCCGGAGAACCGCUCCACGUUUCUGAGCCGCUCCAGGAACCCGGGACCGAGUCCUGCUCCGCGGAGGAUGAGAGGAAACUAGGUUUUGCGAUCGCGGCGCUGAGGUUGUUUCUCUGGAUUAAUUUGGCGGCGGCGGCGGAGGAGGCGCAGAGAACCGGGAGCGGAGCUGCGCGCACCGACCAGCCGAGGUCUUUCCACCUCUCCUCCCCUCUCCUCUGCCUCUGUCUCUCACUCUGUCCGCCCGUCCACCCAUCCUCUUCUAUCCAUCUCUCUCUCCGUGUGUUUCCAUGUCUCUGUAGGUCCGGGAGAUUUUGCUAAAAUGCAUCAUCAACAGCGGAUGGCAGCUUUGGGAACAGACAAGGAACUGAGUGACUUACUGGAUUUCAGCGCAAUGCGAAACAGCGAUUUGAAAAUGUUCCCACCAUCCAUGAUGUUUUCCCCUCCUGUUAGCAGUGGAAAGAACGGCCCGACCUCCCUGGGGAGCGGACAUUUCUCCGGCUCAAAUAUGGAGGAGAGGACGAGUGCAGGAUCGUGGGCGAGUGGAAGUCGUUCUUCCAAGAGUUAUGCAGAAGGGUCUCAGUACAUGGCGUCACAUGACAGCCUCUCACCUCCGUACACCAACUCCAGGCUCACAGGUAAAUCAGAGAGGAGCUCCUACUCGUACGGCCGAGAGUCCAACCCCCACUGUCACCAGUCGGUACUGGGCGGUGAGUUGGGUUUGGGGAGUCCGGGCACGGCGUCGCCCACCAAGCCGGCCGGUCAGUACUACCAGCACUACAGCUCCAACCCUCGGAGGAGAACACUGCCAAUGGACACCAUGGAGAUUCACACAAAAAAAGUGCGGAAGGUCCCCCCCGGCUUGCCGUCCUCAGUGUACGCACCGUCUGCCAGCACAGCCGACUACAACAGGGACUCACCGGGCUACCCCUCCUCCAAACCUCCCAGCGCCGGCUUCCCAAGCCCCUUCUUCAUGCCAGACGGUCACAGUGGAGAUCCAUGGAGCAGCAGCAGCAGCAGUAUGGGCCAGCAAGGUUACCACGGCAGCAUGCUGGGGGCGGGGAACUCGGCCCACGGCCCCUCCCAGAGCUCCUCCUACUGCGGGAUCCACCCUCAUGACAGACUGAGUUACCCCUCGCACUCGUCUGCAGACCUCAGCUCCAGCCUUCCUCCCAUGUCCAGCUUCCACCGAGGGGGAGGGGGAGGGAGCGGGGGCGGGGGCGGGGGCAACCACUACAGCACCGCCUCCUGCACCGCCUCCACCAACGGCACAGAAAGCAUCAUGGCUAACCGAGCACAGAGCGCAGCAGCCAGCAGCUCUCAGACAGGAGAUGCCUUAGGGAAAGCGCUCGCAUCAAUUUAUUCUCCAGACCACACGAACAACAGCUUCUCGUCCAACCCCUCCACCCCAGUGGGCUCCCCCCCCUCCCUCACAGCUGCCAGUUCAGCUGUGUGGUCGAGGAACGGUGGACAGGGAGCGUCAUCGCCAAACUACGAGGCUCCGCUACACUCUCUGCAAAGUCGUAUCGAGGACCGUCUGGAGCGUUUGGAUGAUGCCAUCCACGUUCUGCGGAGCCACGCGGUGGGGCCGUCUACGGGUAUGCCCAGUGGCCACGGUGAAAUGCACAACCUCAUCGGGGCGGCACACACGCACAACGGUGCCAUGGGCGCCUUGACCAGCGGGUACGGGUCGGGACUGCUGUCGGCCAACAGACACGCCCUCAUGGUGGGCCCUCACAGAGAAGACGGCGGGAGCGGUUUGCGUAGCGGCCACUCGAUGGCCGGUCAGGGGCCUGGGCCUCAGCUGCCGGGUCAGUCGGCCUCGUCGCCGGACCUCAACCAGCCCGACCCGUACCGCGCGCUGUCCGGAGGUCAUCAGGGCCAGAGCGCCUCCUCCGUCAGCUCAGAGAUCAAGUCUGAGGACGAGGGCGACGAGAACCUCCAGGACUCCAAGCCUCUGGAUCCCAAGAGGGAGGACGCCGACGGCAAGGAGCUGAAAGCUAAUGACAGCAACAACGAGGACGAGGACCUGUCUCCGGAGCAGAAGAUGGAGAGGGAGCGGGAACGGCGGAUGGCCAACAACGCACGGGAACGCCUGCGCGUCCGUGACAUCAACGAAGCGUUCAAGGAGCUGGGAAAGAUGGUGCAGCUGCACCUGAAGAGCGACAAACCUCAGACCAAGUUACUGAUCCUGCACCAGGCCGUGGCCGUCAUCCUCAGCCUGGAGCAGCAAGUCCGAGAGAGGAACCUGAACCCCAAGGCCGCUUGUCUGAAGCGCCGCGAGGAGGAGAAGGUGACGGUGACGUCGGACGGGACCCCCCUGUCGCUGGCCGCCGCGCACCACGCCGCCGCCUCCGUCAUGGGCGAUGGGUCGAACCCCAUGGGACAAAUGUCGAAGGUGCCAGAGUUCAUCAAGAUGAUGAGUGACCACUUCCUCUGACGCUGUUUCCAUAGCAACCCAGCUCUCAAUCAAACCCGUUGUCGCUUCAGCCCGACCAAUCAGAUCAGCCUCUUUCUCUCCUCUCGUCUGUCGUCUCCGAUCCUCCUCCUCGCCUCUGUCUCCCUCUUCUGUCGAGAACACGAACUGCAGAGUCACACUAGUCGCUUUCGUCACUUCGCCGCUGAAGUGAACCGGACGCCACUUUUGGAGACGUUGAAACCGCCGCCGCCGUCACGUGGCCGCGAUGAAGCGGAGGAUUGUGGGAGCUUUUCACACAAAGUGACAGCAACGGACAAAAGUCUUUGGAAUCACAUCAUCCAAGAAAUUCUUCUUGUACUUCUUGUUUUAUCAGCAUUCCCAGUUUUAAAGAAUAAAAGGGUUCUAUAUAUAUAAAAAUAUAUAUAGUAUAUAUACGAGAAAAGGCAAAAAAAAAAAUGAUGAAAACCUUGAUUUUUAAAAAAGUGCACCGGGACGCAGGCAGCGAGGAGACGAAGGUCGUUCAGAGCGGAAAACAAAACAUAUCACAAAGUGUUUCAAGAGAUUUCUGUUUUUUUAGUUUUUUUUUUUAAAGCAACAACAUGUUGUUGGACGCAGCUUCGGCGCGUCUCUGAUUGGUCUGAGGUUUGUCGCUCUUCGGGUGCAGCUGCACCAUCUUUCCCAGCUCCUCGAACGCACCGUAACGCAACGAACGCAACGAACGCCCCCACCCCCACCCCGCACCCUCCUGUGGAUGAAACUGUGCCUGAUGGUAACCAGUCACAUAGACACACACAGAGAAGCAAAGAUGACGAACAAGUAAACAGAACAGGACAUUUCCAGGAAGUCGGCCGAACACUCGCACAUCAGCUCGCAAAACCACACUUCAAGUACAACGAGAGAGAUUUGGAAUCUGUUCGUGAUCUUAGAGUUUGUAGAAGACGCUUAAGUUCACAAAUGCUUCUUGACUAUCAUAGAUACUCGGACAAACGUGGGGCUAAACAAUAACAAGGGGCCACUUUCCCUCCCCUUCGACUGCAUUCCCUCCUCAACGUUCAAACUGUAAGAUUAAAACAAUUAUCAACCUUUUUCCUUUAUGUAAUUUCAUCAGUGUUUCCUGCCGAGACACGUCGAUCUACGUCAGAAUCAACACAGACACAAAAACCCUCGACAGUUGUUCCCAAAUGACCCAAAUGUGUAUCUGCCGAGUACGAAGAGAAUCAAUCAUUGAACCAAUUGAAUCAAUCAGCCAGUGAGCGACUCCACCGGCUUUGGGGAGUUUAUAGUUUCUGAAGGUAGAGGAAUAAAGACGGGGAGCAGGAAUCAUGCAGUAACGUUAAAGUGUACUUUUAAAUGCGGCAGAAAGACAAUUCUCUCGACGUCUUCAUCUGAGAUUAUGGUUGAAGGUUAUCGAACAGAAAGCUCCGGGAAACAUCUGAGAAACAUCGUCUGUCAGCUGCUCAGCAGCUCAGGCAGCGCAGGAGACUGGUGCUCAGAGGGAACUGGGAGGAUGAUGGCCGACAGGUAGAUGGAGGAGAGGGAAGAGGGCUGGACUGAGCACUGACGUCAUUUCUAUUCCACUUUUAGCACAUUCCCUGAAUUGCAAUCUACUUGAAUCAAGCGCUGCCGAUGCCCUGAAGGCCUGAACUGCAGGAGGGGUGGGGGGGCGGUCAUGGGAGGGGGGACAGCAGGAUUGAUUGGGACCAUAAGAGAGAGAGAGUAGAUCGAGUCCGAAGGUCUAAGCACUGACGACUGCAGAGGAAGCAAAGGAACAAUCAUUGGGGUUUUAAUCUCGGGGCCAAAGUCGUCAAAUCAUUCCUGAAACAGAUUCAUGAGAUUUCCUCUCGGUCCUGAACCUCAAACUCCAGACUUCUAUCUGCCUCAUUGGCCUGAUCGCAUUUAGCUGCUUCAGGAUCAGUUCCGAUCCCUUUUCCAUCGUCGAUCCCUUGAAUCGUCGACUGUGCAGUUCUGUCUGCAGUGGGAUGAGAACAACAUCUGGACUGGUUGGUACUGAUUGGUUUAUUCGUAAAAAGGUUGUUGCACAAAGCUGCAGUUUUAGGUUCAUGCAUCUGGACUCGAGGCCAAAGGUCAGUAAAGUCUGGCUCUUAAUCAUCAGCCAGAUUUAGUCUGAUUUCAGUAUCUCGACUUUGGCCGAGUGUUGUUGUGAACAUCUGUGAGAGGUCCAGUCCAGAAACUAGUAUCAUCCAUCUGUUUGACCGACCCAGGUUUCUGAGGUAGAUGUCGUGAAGUCCAGAUCGUCACCGAGUGGAAAUCCAGAUAGAAACUUAAAGGCUUGUUGAAAUAUCUGCCUCCAUCGUGUUCUCCGCCCCUCGGACUCCCCCUGAUUGAAACCCCUCUGAGUCCAGGCCUACGUCUGAUCUUCACUGCUGACCCUCGCCUUAUUAGCCCUGAUCGAGAGUCCUAGCCCCCCCACCCCGCCUCCCCCGGUCUCUUGCCCCACCCAAGCGGUCCCACAGAUGCAAUUUGAACAUUCACUUCUACCAAUGUGCCUUUUUAGAGUUCAUAUCAUUCGAGUUACCAGAGGAGGACGUGUACCUGGUCUUUUAAUAGGAUGCAAGCUUAGGGAAACCUGUUCUUAGUCGUUAGGUUCUAUGCAGUCGGGUUUUUUACCAGACCUGGGUAUUUAAAAAAAGCUUAAAAAGGAAAAAAAAGUAUUUUUUGGAUAAAAAAAAAACAAAAACUGUAUUUAAUGUACUGUACACUUAUAUGUAAGUAGACAGCGUGUUCUGGCUCUGAGCCGAUGGGACAGACGCUUGAUUUAGCAAAACGAGCCCCCGUCCCAGUCGUCCCCUCCCCACAAAUCCUCCAGAACCCCCCACCUCCCCGUCCUGUUCCGAGCCCCGCCCUGUUUCCAUGGUGAACAACGCGUCUCUUCUUGUAUUAUAGCUUAUCAGCUUUUUAUCAAUAUUUGAUCGGCUUGUCCGUGAGCCAAUGUAGUCUUCAGUACAAAGUGUGUGGUUGUAUGUCGUAAAACAGAUUUUCUUUUUGGUUUCUCUCUCUCUCUGUUUUUUAAGAAGAAUCUUUUCUCUUAUUGCUUUUUCUUUGUCUGUUCUGGUUUACAUGUCUAUGACGGAAAAUGUAAAAAAAAAAAAAAUACGAAAAACAAACAAAAAAAGUACAAUUCUCUCUCCGGCAGCAUUCUUCUCUGUCGGUGUCAUUUUGACGCGGUUAAAUUCCGACCCAAUCAACAGGAAGGCACGGAAACUGGAAAAGAAUCUAUUUGAAUAAAUCAAUCUAUAUAUAAAUGUACAAAAAAUAUAUACGAUAUAUAAGGAGGGUGCCGGUUUCUGUAAUUUUUUUGUGUUUGCUUGGGGAGGAAUUAUUUUUCUCAAAGACUGAACUGGCGGAAGUUGGCGAGGCCCCUCAGUGUUAUGAAUUUUCCAGCUGACUUUGUUGUGUUCUCCGUUGUUGCCAUGACAACACCCUCCGACUAGUACGGCACCCCCCCCCCGCGCAGGACAAAAAAACGGGACUGGAGUUCCCUCCGCUCCGUUCACUGCUAUGUAUCCACGGCAACGACACACAGACGUUUGUAAAUUGUAUGCAACAAAAUGGCAAAACCUUUCCAUUAUUUUGAAAUUGUGUAUGUAAAAGUUAUAUUUUUACAUGUAGACUGUUGUUAUUUUGUGUUUUAGAAAUAUGUUGUAUCAGUUCUUUUGUUAAAAGAUGAAAAAGUAAAAAAUUCAGUGUGUGUUGAAAAAAUGUGUCACAUUGAAAAAUGUAGUGAGGUCAAAAGUUCCAAAAUCUUUUUUUUUUUUACGUUUCUUUUUUUAAAAGCUCUGUGGGGAACACGUGGAGGGUUAAAGGGGGAGGAGUCAUGGAAGAUAUAUGAUAUUUGUUUAAUUCUCCUCAUGACGUUUCCAUCUUACUUGUAUUCUUUGCAGAGAAAUGUGUAAAUACUCAUGAAACACUUUCUGUGGGGGGGGGCCCGAGCGGCGAGGACGAGGGUGUUUAGAGUCUCGGUCGCCAGGGGCCGACUUCGAGUUCGCCCAGCGGAGCUCCGUGCUCCGCGAGGUUCGUGGUUAUUGUCGCCGACCAAUCGGGAAGGUUUAAACAAUCGUCUUUGCACCGAGAACCAUCAGAUCAAACACACGCCGGUUCCAGGGCUGUGCCAGGGAUUUUUUUAUUAUUUUGAUUUCAUUCUAAACCUAAAAGAAAUGACUGUUCUGUAAAACAUCUGGAUGCCAGAACUUCAAAAGUACACGACGUAAUAUUUAACCGCCUAAAUUCCGAUAACUGAAGUGACGUACCCAAAGAUCGCUGAUACGUUCAAGCCACUCCGUCGCCCCCUAGUGGCCGUGGGCCGGCUCUGACUCACGUGCGUUUCUUUCCGGCUCGUAAAUGUUAACGAUAAACAAAAGACCCCUCGGGCGCCGAAGUCAAGAUUAACAUAUGAACAUUUUGUAAAAGAUCGGAGCGUAAUAGUCUAAUGUAAAAUUAGAAGUCGUCAGCAAACAAUCUCAUCAGCUACUUCCCCAAAAAGAUCCGAUCUCGUGAACGACAGCUUCAGUCAUUUCUUUUCUGCGUUGAGCUUUCGGACUAAACGAAAGCUGCUUUGAAUUGGACCUGAACACUAGGAUUGAAUCUGUCGGUGUAAGUGCUAAAUGUGUUUUUUAAGUAAUGUUAUUUUUACGAUGCUUUCAUUUCCUCUUUUUUCUCUUUGUUGUAUAAUCGAGUCAUCUCCCGAAUUACGGUAUCUUCAUUUUUUAUGUUACCCUGAUGUUUCUAUUAGCCAAAACGUUAACGCUUUUCUUUUCCCUCCUUGUUGUACAUACACACCUCAUUUCUCUUUUUAAGUGACUGUGCCAUGAGCUUUGUAAUCUGUUACUCUCUGUACCAGUUUUACUGCAAUAAUGAGUUGAAUUCAAAA